GCAUGUGUGUACAUUUGCCUGUCGACGUGUUUCCCAUCAUUUUUAUUAUUUUUAACGAUUAAGUAUAUAUUGUGUACUCACGACAUCAGUGUAGUGUGUACGGACUGCUUGACAGUGAAAUAAGUGAUGUGUAUAGAUUAUGGUAUAGGAAAAAAAAGUGUGCGUCAGCUACUAUAGCUCUGUCUUUGUGUUGUUCUCACCGUUUUACAUUCGAGGUUCGACUGUUUAUCGGGACUUUGGAUAGUUGGGAAUUCAUCUCCACUUAAACAUUCCAUGUCCAAAUACUCAUGCGUUACAAGUAGUUCUGUUAACCUCUUUGUUUUUCUAGCCGUGACCUCGACCCCCCCGCAUCUGUUGCUUAUAGGUACACUCGUCAAACAAAACUUACAACGUAAUUCCUUAGAAAACAAAGGUUAUCCAUUUUUCCCCAUAACGUUAAACUACCCUUACUUGCAUACCCCAUUGCGCAAUAUAUAUAAAAGAUAGCAGACCCAGUUACAGAUCCACAUCGAAUCUCUCAUGUUAGCUCUCGAUCUCAUGCGAGGUUGUACGGUUAGGACGACGAGCAUCACAAGAAAAACGACGAGGACGCCAGCUUGGAAGAGUACGAGGAGAGUACAGGACAAGGGAUGGCCAACGAGUUGUCAAGUAGCUGCCCACAAGCCAACGAGCUUGUGGAUGAUGAAAAAGAAGAGGGAGAAAUAUCUCUUGAUGAUGUCAGUUCUUCUGAAGAGGGGCAACCAUACAACCCAUCAAAAGGGUUGGCCAACUGUUGCCCUCAUUGCAAAUCAGUGAAGACAUGUGCCACCUGGUGUGGUAACCUUAUAACUUACCAUAUCAAUAUUAAAAAAGGGGCUGGACUGCAGGGAAAAGAAAAUCGAGCCAACCAUCAGCAUUACUUAAAAGAGUCUGAGUCGUUCCCAGUUAGCAUUGGAAAAAAGUCCAGUCAGUGUAUUAACAAGUAUCAGAAGAAAACUGCCAGCAGUGUUGAUGCAUCUCAGAAAGUUGCCAAUGAUGGCUUAGUACCCAUUUCGAGCGACAGCGAUCUGGAUCUGGAUGAACUCAAACAUGAUGAAACAAAGAAAAAGUCGAGUAGCAAGAAGAAACACAAAAAACGUCGCAAAAAGUCGGAUUCACCAGACGUCGAUAUUGCUCUCCUUGUCAAAGAGUCAAUCCACAAACUCGAACCAAAGAAAGAGCCAACAAAAGAGAAACGCUCCAGACCUGUUGCAGGUCGGCAUCAUUCACCGGAAAGACGUAAGCCCUUUCUUUGGCAUCACACUUGCCCAGCAACCUCGAGACCGAAAAGGUGCCCAAAGUCGCCGCCAACAGUUCAGACAUCUCGUAAAAAGUGCUCGCCCUCAAGGCCACGCAAGUCGUCAAGAAAGUCUGUAUCGUUGUCGCCGACAGAUGCUAGUGACGAGCUGCCACCAGAAUCACCAUCCUCACGAGGCAGCGUGACUAGACUUCUCAAAAAAGUCCGACGGCUUGAGCCAUUUUCUUGCAAGGCUGGAGACAAAGGCUCCUCGCUCAAGGACAAGUUGAGCGGCAUCAUUAAAACGGAAACUACGGAGAUAGCAAAAGCUGGGAAUAAAGAUGAAGAUGAGCUGGUCAACAACACCAAAGUAUCCAAAGACAACGACUCUUCCGCGGAGGUGGUAGAAAUAGCCUACAUCGUGAAAAGUAAACCAGUUGAGGAAACAGUAGAUGAAAAUUAUCCAAUUAUAGAGAUCAGUAAGAAAAACGAGGUUGACAAAGAUGAAAAAGCAGAAUUACCUAGGCCUCCAAAGAAAGAAAAAACAGAUUUGGUAGUCAAAGCAGCGACUCCGCUACCUCCUAUGCCGUCAGUCUCCACGUCAUCUCGGCCAUGUUCCCCUUUAAGGCCACCGGAUGUCUCGCCUCCUCCGUCUCCAUCGGUAAAACUCCCCAACUUUUGUAUAGAUGACAACGAAGAAGAUUUAGAGCUACGAAUGAUUGCCUUGCGCUCAGCAGUACUGAAAAAACACCGGACGCGAAUGCAAAAAAGUGGCAUGCUGAAGAAAAGUGGAUCGCAGAAAAUAAAAAGCCCGUUUGACUCGAGUUUUCAUCAAGACUUUGUGGGGCCAGCAGACGCCUGCUACACCGGAAUCAUGGUAGACUGUCAGGACGACAUUUAUUGCCCAGAAGAUAUGGAUCUAGACUCUGAUCUCGAACUGGACAAGGAGUUGUUGUCGAUGGGCCAAGUUGAACUCGAUUGGGCUCCCUCGCCUACCGACGAAAUCGCUGAUCAAUCGUUAAUGCUUGAAAACGCCAUGAACGCACCUGAACGUGUGUCAACGCCGAAGCGAGAAUAUUUUGUAAAUCAAAGUCUAUAUUCACCGACGAAUCCCACGACGACUCCCUGCUCUUUUAAAGAUUUUCAAAACUUUGAACGUAUUACCGGCCCGCUGUUAAGCAAAGUAACGUGGGAUGUGUCAGCAACGGGAGCCAAUGAUCUCAAUGGCAGUAUUUACGAACUCACGAAUCCAACAUUAAGACCCUACUCGCCUACAGACAUGACUAUUUACGAUCCCGACUUACCAGGAGUGCAUUCGACCGACGAGGGUAGCAUUGGCACCAGUAAAAGUUUAGCUCCGCCGUUACAACCCCCUCCGAUGCCGCCGAUAAGUAUAAUGGAUGUUGAAGAGUCGAUAAUGUUGGAAUGCCCAACGAACGUACUCACAGGUGAGUUUGUGAAGCCGAUGGCACCUCCGCCUUUACCGCCGCCGUCGCUGCUGGAUAACUUUGCGGUAGUGUCCCAGCAAACGUUGACCCCGAUUCUGAUGACUACGCCAGUCUUGAGCUUUGCCACGCCUGCAGUGCCCAUGGUCCCGAUAACUUCGGCGUUGGUGAAUGAUGUCAGCUCGCCAGCUAGUAGUUUGGCCGAGCUGUUGAGUGGCGCGACCCAGACGGUAAGCGAUCCAAGUCUACCGCUACAAAAACAUGAUGCAUCGGUCGAGUGUAGUUUUAGAAAACAGCUUGCUAUAAGCCAACAGCCAAUGCCAAUCGAAGCGGACAAUUUUGGCGAGACUGACCUAGAUGGCAGUCCAUUGGUGUCGAUGGAAAAAAAUACUCCUCACUCAUCUUCUACAUGGCCGCUGUUUAGUGAAACGCACUGUCUAUCACGCAACACGUUAAAAGUCACUCCUACUGCUGCGGACGGAGCUGCUCCAGCAUUCGAGGACAGUUCAAAGAAGAAAAACAAUCUUGUAUUUGAAUGCCCCUCUAUUCUACCUACUGCGUCUAAACCCAAGAUGAGCAAUAUUUUCAAAUCUACGAGGGUUCAGGGUGUACCCAAAAAGGACGUGGCGAUUUCGCCUGCCGCUGCGUUUAAUGGGCCCGCACAUGAUGACAUGGUUGAGGAAAGGUCUGAUUAUCAACCACGAUUGCAAAGCAUUAGCGAACGACUGAAACAAUUGAGUAAAAAUAAAGAACAAAAUCUUGGCGCGAAAUUGCGCAAAGGGAAGAAGCGAAAAAAAAGUGUUGUACCGAGAUUCCCCAAAGUAACUAUUGAAAAAAAGAGAGCGGCUUCCCAAUCUUUGAUAAAUGCGGAAAUGAAACUUGAUCAAGCUCAUCGCCGAAAAGAGAUAAUUUCCAAAUCAUCUGAAAUUCAUGAAUGCCAGCAACAACAAUCUGAUAAGGAAAUCGAAGUAGAAAAUGAAACGAAAAAAGACAUUGAAGAUGACGAGGAAACACUUAGAGCACAAUUAUUAGCAUCAUUGACAAAAAGAUUAAAUAAAACUGUAACAACAAGAGUUGUUGCAAAGGUACAAGAAAAAUGUUCUGUGACCACGCCUGCCAAGUCGAUCAUUGAAAAACUCCAAGACUCUAGGACCGAGUUGGCAAAGAUGACGGCGUAUUCAGUAGCCACGAAAAGACCAAUGACGAAUGGUAUCACGAAAAAUAUCACAAGUAUUAUUCCAGUCUCAAUAAAGCGAUCACGGAAUGCUCAACGAGAGUCAUUGUAUCGAUUGGCUCAACAAAACUUGUCGGCAGCAACCAAGCCACAAUCCAAGAUAACCAAUACCCAAGAUUUGUCAUCCGAGACAUCAUUAGAGCUGAUGGAUUCACAUGUCGAUCAAAGAGUCGUCAUUAACGAGCCCAAAGAAAAAAUAAAGAAGAUCGAAAUGAGCGUUGAACAAUUUCUCAAAAACAUUCGUCAGCAGCAAGAAGAGGCAGCUGCGAAAAAUAUAUCAUCGCCCAAUCAAGUUUCAUUGUCAGAUUCUCUCAAGAAAAAUGUAACGAGCAAUUCAAAUGCAACGGACGGCUCAAACGCGGUCGUGAAUCAAACAAUUGAUCUUGUCUCUGAUGCUACUACUGCUUCUACUGCUGAUUUGUCUUCCACUACACCAGUGAUUUUUACCAAUUCUUCCCGCAACACAACAACAGCUAACAGCACCAUUUUUACUCCUGCUACAGCUACUUUUGCAACGGUACGUUCAAGCAUGGAAAAAGAAAAAAUCACAGCAAACGACUUUGAAAAGCUGAGUUUAACGGCUACUCCACAGGCUGUAAAACAUUUGCCACCAUCACUGCAAAAAGAAUAUCGUCGCUUGAAACAACAAAUAAUCGAACGCGAAAGGUUGAAACUCCAAAAAGCUAAAGAGGCAGCCACCACUACCAGUGUUGAUUCUACAUUUAUAGUCUCAGCCUCGGUAACAACAACGUCAGCACCACUUGGGAGUUGUAAAACUCCUACCAAAGUUGUUGAAGUUUCACAAGUUUUUACAUCCUCAACUCCUACAGUGACAACGGUAUCCACAACUGCAAAAACAAACAAUACUUCCAUAAGUUUUUUCUCAUCUUCAUCCAGCUUAACUCCAAAUUCGUCACCGAUUUUCACUUUAAACCCCCCGGUAACGAGUACUCCCUUGGACAAACAAGUUUCGUUAAGGCAAAAUACAAUGAUAUCGGAAACACCAGUAACGACUGCGGCGGUCAAUAAUUCGCUGAAACAACAAGUCCAAGUUCCAAUUUCAACUGUCAAUAAGUUAUCAAUGGUAGAAAUGUCUAGAAAAACAUCUCCAAGACCAUCAACCGCUACUAUUUCCAAGUUAAUGGUAGAUAAAAACAAUUUGAUUAAUUUAGUGGCAUCAGCGAGCUCUCGUAAGUUAGCACCUCAGUCUCAAAACUGUUCUGGUAUAAAUAAUUUGAGCAAAGAGCAAGCUGCCCUUUUGGAUAAAAUGAAUAGUGUUCUUAAUAGCCAAAAAAAACAAAUAUCCGCUGUGGCGCAAAAAGUCUCAACUCUUAGAAUUUUGACGAAAGAUCAGAUUAAUCUAAAAACUCUUCAAGUACCGUCGAAAAUCUCGAAAUUAAAGACUUGUACUCCCACGGAUGAUUCGACUAAAUCUAGUCAAAAUAUUUCAACAACCGUAGAAGAGAAAAGUGAACACGAAGCACCUUUUGCAAAAAGUGCAAAAGAAGAAAGUGCCAACGUAGUAGAUAAGAGUAUGAAAAACCAAGACAGUGCACAUCUCAUAAAGGCAAUAAAUAAUCAAUCAACCUCGAAAAAUCUGGCUCAAAAUACCAUUGAUCAGUCUACAUCGAUGAAUGCGUCCCCAAGUACGGAAAAAUCGACAUUAGGUUGGACAAAGUUUAAAGACUUGGUUGAUGACGAGGUAGACUCUCUGUUUGACCUUCCUGUCAUGAAACAAAAGCAACUUUUAACAGAAUCUGAAGAAAAAUUAAUUAGCAAACGGCACUCGGUUUUGGACGAUAUCACAGAAAUGUCGGGCUCUCUUAGACAGUGGGAAAUUGAAAGGGAUCUACAAAAUACCGUGACCCAAGAAAUCCAAAAACUUCGAGAACAACUGAGAAUGGCAGAGGGAAAAUUACAGCAACAGAAAGAAAAAGUAAAUGCUAUUCAACCCAAAGUCUCAAUGUACCACGAGAAAAUUAAUAAUGGCAGAAAAGAAUGCUUUAGACUUUCUAAAGUGUGCGAUAGCCUUGGACAAACAAUUUUUGGACCUAAUUACAAAGUCCCUACGGCGGGUGCAGAGCUUUUAAAUAAUAGAAUUAAAGAAGUUGCUACUCAUACUCAGAAACUAAAAAGCAAAGCUAAUCGCUCAAAUCUGAAUAGACAUCCAAUUCCAGCUAAAAUGAAAAGUAGUCCAAAAUGUCGAAAAAAUUUCAGUAUGAAACCUAAUGUCCAAAAAUCUCAGAACUCUCACGAUUCACAUUUGAAUAAAGCUGCCAUAAUAGAUGAUGUUGAAAAUUUUGUAAAUGAUAAUUUGGCACUGAUUGACAAACCAAAUGUGUCAAAUAUAAACAACCCCAAUCAAAUGAAAACUGAAAGUCGAACUGCCAAAGAAAUUAAUGGUGAUUCAUUGAAAGAAAACAACAUAAUCAUUUUCGAUGGUAAAAAUAACAACUCCUCCACGACUUUAAAUAACGCAAACAAUUUGAUAAAUGAAUCUGUUGAGGGUGUAAAAACGAAAAAAAUUAAUGGUAAAGUUUCAAUGGUAACUAGGCGUGUUAAUUCAAUUUCAACGGAUGAUGAUAAUUCUUGUAUUUUAAUUCAAGAUAUCCCUAGAAAAAUAGAAUCUAAAAGUCGAUCAACUUUUGAUAAUUUUACCAAGUCAAUCACGUCUUGCAGUAAUACAAACACUAAAGUACGUAGUGGUUAUGCACUGUCCAACAAUUCAAAUUCCGAGUACCCGGUUAAUAUUAAAAUCAAUCAUCCAAAUUUAUCCAAUCGAAUUAAAGAUAAAAAAAUCUUUCAAAAUGCCACAACUAAUGGGGUUGACAAUGAAAAGUUACCAUCAAACGAAAGUAAUAACGAUAGUCAUUUGAACGACGUUGUCGAUGAUAAUAUGGAACCAGUGUGUAGUAAAGAACGUCUGAGUGAUGAAAAUGCGUCAGUGACGAUUCUUGAUGAAAAUUUAGAAAGUACGUCAAUGACAUAUGCCAAAAAUAAUCAGAUCGACCCAAGUUUAUCGAAAACUGCUGGUCUGAAUUUUAUGACAGAAAAUAAUGGUGAUUCACAAAAGUCAAUUAUUGAGUGCACGGCGGACUCUAGUGAUUCAAAUAAUGAAAAUGUCAUAAGCCGUGAAAAAAAUGUAGUCAACAGUGUAAGAAACGUAAUAGUAAACAGUGAAACAGACUCUUCUGCCAAAAUCGAACAUUCCACCUUUUUAGAGGAAAUCUCAUUAAAAAUGGCAAAUACCAUUCAAGUUCCAAAAAACAUUCAUGUGUAUGACCAAAAAAAACCACAUAAUUACAAUAGAAUUUUAUCAAAACAAAUUAUGGGUUGUAAUGAUGAAUUAAAAAACUAUGCAGUCAUGAAAAAGAAUAUCGUUCAGCCUUAUGAAUCAAUUUUAAAGCAUCUACACGAACCAAGAAAAAAAAAUAUUGAUGGGAUCCUUUGCCCAUACGAGCUCAUUGGUACCUGUAACGACGAAGACUGCCAAUUCAUACAUCUAUCCGCUAGUCAUUGUUCAUAAAUUAUUUCCUGGCUAAGGUUCUUGGAAUAUUUUUCUGUCCCAAGUAUCGUCGCAAGUAAAUCAUGUUUUUCCAUAACGUAAAGUGGAUGCGUCACCUCAUCUACAAAGAUUGGUAAGUCAGCUUUGUACUUGACAGGAUUUUUUUAUGGUGAUUUGUUACUCAUUUUUUUACAUUGUUCUCAAGAUUUUAUAGCGUUAGAAUUUAAUGUCUUGUACAUCACUGUUGUUUUUUUUUUUUUUUUUUUUUGUUUUUUUGUUUAAUUGGUUGAUAAAAGUUUCAUAAUUUAUUUCCUUUGAUUUUCUAAUAGUACCUUUAAUCUAUAAAUAUGUAAAAAGCCCUAGUAAUAAGGAUCCGUUUUAUCAAUAAUGUAUAUAUCAUAAGACAAAAAUAAUUCAUAUCAACAUAAAAAGUCAAGAUUUGUGUAAUCUUUCAAGAGGACAACUCACUGUUUGAAGAAAAAGCGCAAGUGAUAUUUGUAAUUUAAGCGUUACGAAAUUAUUAAUACAACACA